CAACAUGGCAGCUUCAAUGGAAGAUGAGUUUGAAGAUGCGCCUGAUGUAGAGCCGUUAGAGCCUACAUUAAAGAAUAUAAUUGAGCAGAAAUCACUUAAAUGGAUCUUUGUUGGGGGUAAAGGUGGCGUGGGCAAAACCACGUGCAGCUGUAGUUUGGCGGUCCAGCUAGCGGCGGUGAGAGAGAGCGUUCUCAUCAUUUCCACAGAUCCAGCACAUAACAUCUCUGAUGCCUUUGACCAGAAGUUCUCCAAGGUGCCCACCAAAGUCAAGGGCUACGACAACCUCUUCGCAAUGGAGAUCGACCCCAGUCUGGGUGUGGCAGAGCUGCCCGAUGAGUUCUUUGAAGAGGACAACAUGCUCAGUAUGGGGAAGAAGAUGAUGCAGGAAGCCAUGAGUGCUUUUCCUGGCAUUGACGAGGCCAUGAGCUAUGCGGAGGUCAUGAGGUUAGUGAAAGGGAUGAAUUUUUCAGUGGUGGUGUUUGACACGGCCCCCACAGGACACACUCUACGUCUGCUCAACUUCCCCACCAUCGUAGAGCGAGGACUGGGCCGUCUCAUGCAGAUCAAGAACCAAAUCAGCCCCUUCAUCUCACAGAUGUGUAACAUGUUGGGCCUGGGAGACAUGAAUGCAGAUCAGCUGGCAUCUAAACUGGAGGAGACGCUCCCUGUCAUCCGCUCAGUCAGUGAGCAAUUUAAAGACCCGGAGCAGACGACGUUUAUCUGCGUGUGCAUUGCGGAGUUCCUCUCUCUGUAUGAGACGGAGCGUUUGAUUCAGGAGCUGGCUAAGUGUCGCAUCGACACGCAUAACAUUAUCGUCAACCAGCUGGUUUUUCCUGACAUGGAGCGGCCCUGCAAGAUGUGUGAGGCCCGACACAAGAUUCAGUCCAAGUACCUGGACCAGAUGGAGGAUUUAUAUGAAGAUUUCCAUAUUGUAAAGUUGCCACUGCUGCCUCAUGAAGUUCGAGGAGUGGACAAAGUCAACACCUUCUCCAGGCAGCUGCUGGAACCCUACAGCCCCCCCGAAUGACUUUAAUGAUUUGCACUGAUUAAAUGUGCGCCCACACAAACACCAUCACAUCUCUCCUCUGCUGCUCUCUGAUACAUAAUCCCCCUGGUGUUCUGCAUCCUCCCUAUCAUCCUCAGAUAUAGAAAUACCUGGCUGGUAACAGAGUCCACAUCUCAAUUCCCCCUCACGUUCCCCCUCUCUCUCUUUUCCUGGUCAAGUAAUAAUUGAUUCCACCAUGUUUCUCCAGUGAUGUGUAAUUAAUGUCGGCCUUUUAAGUGGCCGUUAAGAAACAGAGUCUUGAUGGUUUAUUUUGCCUUGUGGGGAAGGUGAUUGUGUUAAAGCAUAAGAAAGUCACUCAUUCCUGAUGUGUGUACAAGAAAGAAUAUUCAGACAUACAUCAGGACUCAGCCAGUCUUGACCCUUGGUUGAACAGGUCUAGGAUCAGUGUAAACAUCUGUCACUGGUUCAGCUUAACCUGGCACAUCUGACUCCAGAUCAGUGACAAGGUCAAGCUUUUUUGUGUCAGAUUCUGGUUAAUAUUGAUUGUGUUCUUUAUUUUGUUCUAGUCAGUAUUGCUGUCAGUGGUUGAGAGUGGGUCCAAACCUGGGAGACGGCACAUUUAUACAGGUCAUGUCACCUUUGGGAGAUGUUGUUUAAGGAAUAGUUCACCCAUUUAGCUUACACUAUUAUUCACCAUUAUGUUAUUGCAAACUUAAAGGCUGUUUACAGCAUACAUAAUGGCAGAAUCAAUUCUGGGAUGAAUUAUUUCUUCAAAUGUAUCACAUUUAAUCCACUUCUAUUUGCAGUGAAGCAAACUGUAAUUACUCUGUACAUUUGUGAUUGAAUUUAUCUAAUUUAAUUUUGCAGUUGGGUAAAGUCCUGUAUUUAUAAAGACUUGUAAUGAUUAGGAUCAUGUCUGCUCAGUUCUUCUAUUAUAUUACAUUCAUUUGAAAGACUGUUGUUUCAAAGACACUCAACGUAUAUGAAGAUGCGUUCAGAUCUGUCGUUAUAUUGCUCACUUGUAUCCUAUUUAUUUGACAUUAACGUCUGCAUGCAUCAAAAAGAGAUCAGUCAGGCAGGACAGCUGUCUCAGACUAGUUAUGACAUUUAUCAAGUGUGUUUUCCUGCUGUUUUAAGCCAAACACAUUGUCAGAUCUUUCAUGAACUAUCAGUUUGUUUUCCUAAAGCAUCUUUCUCUCAUAACUUGUUUCUACCUUUCCAAAUGAAUCUUCUUUUUGUAGAAGUGCUUUAUAUUUCAACACUAUCCUCCAGCCACUCCAGCAAUGCCACAUGUGUUUGAAUUAUAUUAUUUGUGAACUGGUAACAUGCAGUUUAGUGUGUAUCAAGGCUCAAUUUAUACCCCUUUUACAUCACUAUCUUGAGUGUAAAAUACAACAAUUUAAGGCUUUUAAUAGCUGCCAGCAGCAGUUACAGGGGCAAACGAUCGCAGCAGCACACUCAUAUGCACCCUUAAUAGGCUCAAAGGACGGUAGAACUGUGAGUUUUGGACCAUUUGUUCAAAAAGACUGGACGGGCAGAAAAUGAAUUUGGCUUGACUCCAGAAACAUUGUUUGAAUUAUUUCAGAGCUCUUGGGGGUCCCUAAGGUUCGAG